AUGUAUCAAUCGAACACAGUUUCAAUAUUAAAUGAGGAAUACUCAAAUAUACGAAAGUUUUUUAACAAAUCGAAUAUAUUUAUAACGGGUGGAACCGGAUUUUUGGGAAAGAUCUUAAUAAACAAACUACUUGCAUCGUGCCCUGCUUUAAAUACAAUAUAUUUGCUGGUACGUACUAAAAAUAACGAAAGUGUAGAUGCUCGAUUGGAUGAAAUGUUUGCGGAUCCGGUGUUUGAAAGCCUUAAACAAGUUUCUACAAAGUAUACUUUGCACUUAAAAGCGAUUGCAGGCGAUUGUCUGAAGCCUGGCUUGGGAUUAAACAGUAAUGAUCGUCAAUUAUUAAUAGACCACGUUGACGUUGUGUUUCACAUGGCUGCGACUGUUCGAUUUGAUGAGAAACUGAAAAGCGCUGUUAAAAUAAAUGUUCACGGUACAUAUGAUAUAAUGCAACUCUGCAAGGAAAUGAAAAAGCUGAAAAGUGUUGUCCACGUAUCCACGGCGUACACACAUUGCCCUCGAAGAACGAUUGAAGAAAAGUUAUAUUCGACCCAGAAUAAUCCCAAAAGUCUAAUGCUAAUGGCUGAGUAUAUACCCGAUAAGCUCUUGGAUUAUGUAACAUCCAUUCUCCUGGGAAAAUGGCCGAAUACGUACACCUUUACAAAAGCCGUUGCUGAGGACGUCAUUCGAGUUUACACUGGUAUACUUCCUGUUGGCGUAUUUCGUCCUGGUAUUGUAAUAUCGACUUAUCAAGAACCAGUGAGUGGCUGGAUAGAUAACUUUUAUGGGCCAACUGGAGCAAUAGCCGGAGCAGGCACUGGGUUGAUACGCACAUUACAGUGCAAUCCAAAAGCCCUAGCGAACAUGGUUCCAGUGGACUUCUGCGUAAACAGCAUGAUAGCUGCUUCAUGGGAUAUAUAUGAAAGGCACAAUGCUAAAAAAUUUUUGGCAGAUAUACCGGUGUAUAACUUUUGCACACCCAACGAGAAUCAGUUAACUUGGGGCGAAUUCACAACAAAGAAUACAAAAUAUGGUCUAAUGUACCCAACAUCAAAAGCAAUUUGGUAUCUGUGCUAUUCGAAUGCCACUAACAAAGUAUCCCAUAUGCUUUCAAUAUGUUUUCUCCAUUAUUUACCUGCGCUUUUCAUUGACUUUCUUUGUUUGUGCAUUGGAAAAGAGCCACGAUUACUUAAUACUUAUAAGAAGAUACAUAAAUUCAUAAAUGUGAUUUCCCAUUUCUCCACUCGUGAUUGGGACUUUCAUAUUGAUAAUGUUCAGAGCCUUUGGAGUCGAAUGUCGAGCAUUGAUAAGACCGAAUUCUUCUUUGAUAUGCGCCAAUUGGAUUGGGAUUUUUAUCUUCAGCAAUAUUUUCGUGGCAUACGCAAGUACUUGUUAAAAGAUCCAUUGGAAACCAUACCAAAAGCAUUAGUUAAAUGGAAUCGUUUGUAUUGGCAGCAUCAAAUCCUUAAAGCUAUCAUUUACUUAAUUCUAAUGAUUAUAGUCUGGACGUUCUUGAAGAACUAAAAAAAGAGCAUGAAGCAUUAAAACCUA